GGCUGAGACCAAGGGGAUGAGCGCUUGUCGAGGCCCAAUCAACGCUUUUGUGUUGCCUGCCGGUGCCGGGACUGGUCGUGAGGAGCUACUGCAGCGCUUUAGGAUCGUAAAGUGAACCCGGGAGCUCGAGGAACCUGAAGGGGUAGAGGCGAGUCAGGAUGGAGAGGAUGUCUGAGGAGGCUCUGAGGCUCAACCUGCUGAAGCGGGGCCUGGAGGCGUCCGACGAGCGCGAGGAGGCCCUCGCCAAGCGCCUCAAGAUGGAGGGCCACGAGGCCAUGGAGCGCCUCAAGAUGCUGGCGCUGCUCAAGCGCAAGGACCUGGCCGCUCUGGAGGGGGCGGCCGCCGCCGCCGUGGCAGCGGCCGGGGCCCUGGGGGAGGGGAAGGGCCCCGGGGUGAGCCACGGGGGCCUGGCGAUGGGGCCCGCGUCGGCCUACGAGGAGAAGGUGAACGGGAGCCUGAGGCAAGGGGGCCACGGCGGACCCAGCAAGAACGGGAAGGAGAACAUGCUGGAUGAGCCUGUGGACAUGACCUCCAGGAGAUGUGAUAUGGACCGCGAGCGACGCACGCCGUCCCCAGACUGCAUCAUCCUAUCGGACAACGAGGCCUCCAGUCCGCGGGGCACGCCUCGCCCCGAGGAGAGGCUCCAUCAAGCCAACCUGGAGAUGUUCAAGGGGAAGACUGGCGAGGAGCGUCAGCAGAUGAUCAAGGCGCUGCGGGAGGAGCUGCGCCUUGAGGAGGCCCGUCUGGUGCUGCUGAAGAAGCUCCGGCAGAGCCAGAUCCAGAAGGAGAACGUCGUCCAGAAGGUGCCGGUGGUCCAGAAUACCCCCUCGUCCGUGCAGCCGUCCCCCAUCCACAGCUCUCAGGGGAUGGGCAAGCUCCCUGUACGCCCUGGCCUACACACCCCCGAGCCCCAGAACCUGCGUACCGCACAGGGUCACACAGUCAUCAGGUCAGGGGCAAACGCCUCCCUGCCUCCGAUGAUGAUGUCGCAGAGAGUCAUUGCCCCCAACCCGUCCCAGCUGCAGGGCCAGAGGCUGCCCUCCAAGCCUGGCAUGGGCCGCAGCAUCUCUGGCAGCAUGGGCAACACUGUCAGCUACCAACAGGCCGCUAGCCAGCAGAUGGCAGCCUCCCAGCGCUCAGGCUCCUCCGCCAUCUACAUGAACCUCGCCCACAUGCAGGCGGCGGCGGCUGCCGGCGGCGUGGCGGGCGGCGUGGGCCUGGGGGCCAGCGGGGGCGUGGGGGCUGUCAGCCCCUCCACCAUGUCCGGCACCGGCGGAGGCAGCUCCAUGGCCGACCAGGCCAGCAGCCAGGCGGCCGCCAAGCUGGCGUUGCGUAAGCAGCUGGAGAAGACGCUGCUGGAGAUCCCGCCUCCCAAGCCUCCGGCGCCGCUGCUUCACUUCCUGCCCUCCGCGGCCAACAGCGAGUUCAUCUACAUGGUGGGCCUGGAGGAAGUAGUCCAGAGUGUGAUUGACAGCCAAGGUAAACUGCGGGGGGCGCUCUCACGCAUGGAACCAUUCUUCUGUUCCCAGUGCAGGACUGACUUUACCCCCCACUGGAAGCAAGAGAAGGGCGGGCGCAUCCUGUGUGAACAGUGCAUGACGUCCAAUCAGAAGAAGGCUCUGAAGGCCGAACACACCAAUAGGCUGAAGAAUGCAUUUGUCAAAGCCCUGCAGCAGGAACAGGAGAUCGAGCAGAGGCUGCAGCAGCAGGCUGCCUUGUCCCCCAGCACGGCCCACACGGUCCCCAACGUCAGCAAGGCCGAGACCAUGAUCCGUCACCACGCCCUGCGUCAGGCUCCCCAGCCGCAGGCCUCGCUUCAGCGGGGGCUCUCCAGCUCUGCGCGGGGCGUCCUCUCCAACUUCGCCCAGGCCUCCCAGCUCUCGGUCGCUAGCGGCCUGCUGGGUAUGGCGGGGAAGCGCUGUGGCAGCGGAGGAGGCGGGGGCAGCAGUAGCAGCAGCAGAGCCCAGCAUGAUGGCCGGCGCCAGAUCUACAACAUCCCCGGGUUGAAUAUUGCCUACCUGAACCCAGGAGCGGUUGGGGCCCACAAGGGCUCCAGCUUAGCGGACCGGCAGCGGGAGUACCUUCUAGACAUGAUCCCUCCACGCUCCAUAUCACAGUCCAUCUCUGGACAGAAAUGAGCCCCCGCCACAAUGCCCUUACUCCCCCAAAUCCCCGCCCUACAAGGACACCCCUCACCUGCCCUCACAAGAAAACACCCCUGACACACCCUCCCCCAUCGCAUGCAGUGCCUGUCCGUGUGCCUACCUAACUGACCCGUGAGAACCACACAAUCAGCCAGACAAAAGACACCGCGCUGUCAGUGCAUCUAAAACUUUCUAUAGCAAAUUUCUCUUCUCGCAGCAAUCGUAUUGAUUAGUGCUACUAUUGUUGAAGUUGUUAGUGCUCAUUCUUAUUAUUAUAACUACCAUUAUUGAUUCAGUUACUCUUACUAUUAUGCUUAUUGUAAUGCUUAGUAGUGUUUCUUUUUCUUUUUUAAAGGAGGGGUUACAAAAUUGCAGGAUUGCUUUAGGUUUGGUUUUAUUUUAUUUUAGGGUCUCAACCCUUAAUACUCUCCAUAAGGGUUCUUUAUUGUCAGGGUUUUUAAAGUCAUCAACUCCUGUAAUGGACUGGUUUCUAAUGACAUUUUUACACAGGAAAGAGACAAACACACUUCUAUUACAGAAACAUCCAAAAGAACCGGAUUGAACUGGUCUAAAACAUUUUAGUGGACCAACCACCAGGAUGGAUCCUAGCUAGAUAGUCUAACUUAGUUUGACAGUGUUAAUUGAAUUUCAACUUGAAGACAGAAUUGACACCUGAGUGGAUAAGUGGGCACUAAGGAGCAGUUAGAAAAGGAAAAAAAAUAUUCAAUGAACUAAGCCCAGGAAAGUCUCCUGUUCUACACAGUGGGACCUGCUGAGGCGGAGGGGCCAUGGCCUUGGCUUGCAGAGAUGAGCGAGGAGAUUUUUGCCCCUAUUGUCCCAUCUCGCUACUCAGCACUGACUGCAUAAUGGGGCCACGAAAGCUGUCCCCAAUAUCCCUUGUUGCCCCCUCAAUGCCUUCGCUUUCAGAGUAUGCAGAGACUUGAACCCUUUCUACUCAACUGUUCCUUGUGGUACCAUGUAUUUUUAAGAGGGCAUGUGAAACUGCCCCUGACCACAGACUGGGUAACAUUUUUUUGUUUUCAUUUCUUUGUUUUAGGGCUUUCCUAAAUGACGUUUUAUUUUUGCGGCGUCUCUUGUUGAAUCGGUGGCAUAUCUGAGAGGUACUUGCCCCUGGAGACGAUAAUGAUGAAAAUUGCAAAAACAGAUGAAAACUAUUCAAAUAUCUAUAUGGAUAAUAUAUAGAUGCCUAGCUUGAGAAGAAAUUAGAUGGACAUGGAUAAUAUCUAUAAUGGGAGAGACAUGGAUCAAUCACCGUGUAUAGGCAAUGAGUUGCCUCAUUCUCGAGGAGCACUUUUUAGUAUCAAUUAAAAACGGUUGUUCAAGAGAGAGUUGGGAGAGAUAUCGAUAUAAGAUUUUUAAAUGUACAAGAAAACAUUUCCUAUGACAGUAACUGCUUCAUGCUUUCAGAAGUAUCUGUUUUUAUGUUUUAUUUUUUUACCCCCAUUCACUUUUUUGACAUUUGACAAAAGCAUGAUUUAAUAACCUUGUCAAUGUUAACACAUCCCUGCUACUUAAAAGCAAUGAAUGUUCAUUUCUUUCUUUUUGGAAGUCUCUUAUGGAGUCUCUUGGAUCUACAGGUUAUGUUUAAGCAGUGUUCAGUCAAUGUGCAGUAUUACAUCGAGAGACAUACCAGAGGAAGUUAGAAGGAUAUGGUUUAAGGCUAGACAAGGCUAUUAGUUUGUUCUAAAUUUAGCAUUGUAGAUUUAGUUGUUCAUUCAGUUGUUUUCAGCGGUUGUAUUGGCUCUAAACACUUCAUCUUUUUGUUAUGGAAUCAAUGAAACCUUUUUGGGCUCAAAAAUGUUUUUGGUACUUACGAUUGUUGAAUCUGGAACACAACUUCUGAUGAUCACUUAGGCGCAGAUGUAAAACCAAAGGACUAUGGAAAGGUUCAUGGAAACUGCAAUAAUAUUGGCACUUAAUGUCUACUCACUCACAUACUGUACCUUUUGAAGACCCCCAGUCAAAUGAACUAGUCUGCUGGUGUGCUAAUAGUGUUUUGUCAUUGUUUUGCAACCAGAAAAAACAACUAAAAAACAAUGUUAUAGGACAAUGUUGCAGGUAAUACAGGUUAAAUACUGUAGAAUACAGGAAAAUAAAUUACGAUACUACCUUGGAUUGUAUUUGCAGGUGCAAAUGUGUAAUUGAUGUAACGUAUGUCACCUUAUCCACAUAUAUGAUUUGAUUAUUUGCUUCAAAACUGGAAUUGUAUAUCAAAAUAAUUUCUCUCUCUUACUCUCUCUUGCAGACUGAGAUGCAUAUUUGUAACUUCAAUUUGUUUAGUUUUUCAAAUGUCAACUCUUAGAAUUUUCAAAUGUCAUUUUUUUCUGAUGUCAAUAUUAAGUUAAUCUUAAAAGUUAUUUUGUUUUUUAUGAAGAAAAAAAAAAUUCAAACAUAUUCAAACAAAAUUGUAUCGACUAAAAGAAAAAUGACACUAUUUGCUAUGUCAAAAGUAAUAAUGACUUGUACAUAAGCUUUUUUCCUCCCUUGGAUUGAAAAAAAAGACAUUUAAAUGGUUGUAUAUUGUGUAGAAAAGCAAACAAAAAGCCAUGAAUAUUGUGAAGC